GUUUAGCUAUUUAAGCAGUGAAGACCUGCAGGAGAGCUCAGGAUCUAAAAACAACCUCAGAUAUUAACAUUAAGAGUCAUAUUCGUCAUGAAGCAGAACCUUUUUCUUCUUUAUUUCACUGGUCUUGUUCCAGUCAUCGUAUCCACCCUGCAAACAAUUUCACACAAUUAUUACGUGAUUAUGACAAAAAAGUCGUGGCCUGAUGCACAGAAUUAUUGCAGGAUGAUGUACACUGACCUGGCAACAAUCGUAAGUGAUGCAGAUUAUUUACAGCUAAAGAAAGAAUUAACAAGGAAAGGACUGGUAGAUCCUGCCUGGGUAGGAUUGUACGACACUGUUGAUAGCUGGUACUGGUCCUUGAAUAACAUCCUGCUGAAGAAAAUCAAUUUUAUGAAUUGGUCCCCGGGAGAGCCUAAUAAUUAUGCUGGGAAAGAACUGUGUGGUAUAAUAAUAGGGACAAAUGGAUACUGGGCAGAUAAACCUUGUACAGGACUAAGACCCUUCAUAUGCUACAAUGCUAAUUUCAGUGGUGCUGACAGAUUUAUCGGUGUUGCCAGUCCUCUGUUGUCCUGGAGUGGAGCUCAAGAUUACUGCCGAAAAUAUCACACAGACUUGGCCAGCUCUCUUAACAGCUCAGAUCAAGCCAUGUUAAUGCGGGUGUCUAAUAUCCAGGGUGAUUCCUGGUUUGGGUUAUCCAGAGACAGUUGGAAGUGGUUAGAGGGGGCCAAUGCUUCAAAAGUGAAGUGGUACCCAGGACAACCCAGUAAUAAUUGGGGCAAUGAGUACUGUGCAGGAAUCUUUAAUGGACUGUUCUUCGAUGAACCAUGCGCCACCUUGCGCUAUUUCAUCUGUGACACCAUUUCUCCAGUGAGGAGUCAGACAGUGAAACUGCAGGUGAAGUCUGAUGUCCGUGUGUUUGAUCCUGCUGUGCAGUCAUUUAUUUUAGAUCAGAUAAAGCAGACACUGAAAGAACAUCUCGUGAUGGAGAAUGCCACAGUGACCUGGAGGGUGCAGCCAGAUGGAAACAUCUUCCAUAAGAAAAAACAAGAAACUAUAGCAUCAAAAUGCUGAAAUAUUUAUCCUAUAUUUAUCCUACAACACUUAAUCUUUAAAGUAGUAGUAACUCAUUUUCAUAUAAUAGAUAUAUGUGAUAGAACCCAUUAAUAAACUUUGUGUACUUUGAAAAUUCAUAUAUGUGCUUAGCAUGAUUAUUGUAAUUUCUUUUAACUGACUAACACUGACUUGUUUAUUUUUAUGGAAGUUCCCAUGUGGGAAAAGGAAAUGUAGCAUCAAACUGCUGAAAUAUUUAUCCUACAACACUUAAAAUUUAAAGUAGUAGGCUUAGUAAAUCAUUUUCAUAUAGAAGAUAGAAAAUGUGACAGAGCCCAUUAAUAAACUUUGUGCACUUUGAAAAUUCAUAUAUGUGCUUAGGAAGAUUAUUGUUUUUUUUUUUUUGUUUAUUUGUUUUACAAGGUAGCACU